AUAAGUAUAAAAGGAGAAUUAAAGACCAACUACAAUCAGUUCACUUCAGGUUCCAUUACCAGAAUAACAUUAAUUCAAUCACUAAAAAUGGCAUUCAAAUUUGUUGCUUUCUUCGCUUGUCUUGCUGUUGCCAGCGCCGGAUACAUUGCUUCACCACUUGCUGCUGUUGCAACUCCAGUUUUGGCCAAGACCGAAGAUCACGAUCCUCAUCCACAAUACUCCUUCGGGUAUGAUGUCCAGGAUGCCAUUUCCGGCGACAACAAGAACCAACAGGAGACCCGCGAUGGAGACAUCGUUCAUGGUCAAUACUCUUUGAAUGAUGCCGAUGGUUACAGACGCAUCGUUGACUACACUGCCGACCCUAUCAAUGGAUUCAACGCUGUUGUCCGCAGGGAACCAUUAGGUGCUGCUGUCGCUGUCAAGACUGUUGCCGCCGCCCCAGCUUUGAUCAAGUCCACUCCUUUGGCUUAUGCUGCAGCUCCAGCUCUCGUCAAGUCAUACGCUGCUGCUCCAGCUUUAAUCAGAUCUGCACCUUUGGCUUAUGCAGCUGCUCCAGCUCCUUUGGCUUACUCUGCUUCCCCAAUCUACCAUCAAGCACCAGCAUUGAUCCGUUCAGCUCCAGCUUUACUCAAAACCUCAUAUGCUGCUCCAGCUUUGAUCAAAUCUGCUCCCGCUUUGGCUUACUCAACUGGCCCAGCAUUGGUUAAGACCAGCUUCUCUUCCCCCAUUAUCUCAUACGCUUACUAAUUUAUGAUGACACAUGGAUAUAGGAACUUCUCUUGUUGUUAAUGUUAUUGUUAUUGUGAACCUGAAAUACAAAACUGAAAACGAAA